GUUCUGAUGUCAAUGCGCCGCUUUCGCGUCCCAAAUGUCCGACUUAUCAAACCACUGUCAUUGCUGCCUCGCGCUGUCCAUGCCACCCUGGCACACCAGCCUGUACCUGGACCCGAAAGCACUCCAACCCCCCCGCUAAAGUCAAACCAAAAUUUGAUGUCAUUCAAUAUGGAGACUGAUAUCCUACCCGUAGACCCUAACAAACUGGGUAGGAUAUCUGUUAGCCAAUCACAUGAUGCGCUGGUGGAUGAGUGGACCAUGGAGUAUACCGCGGGAAAGGAUCUAGACAGCAUGCUUCGCGCAGCGCAAGAACUAGCAACCUCAGAUGUACCUGUCGCCUUUCCGACUGAGACAGUGUAUGGACUCGGCGCCGAUGCGACUCGGAGCUCCGCCGUACGAGCUAUCUUCGCUGCAAAAGGCCGGCCUGCCGACAACCCGCUCAUCAUCCACGUCUGUUCAGUAGCACAAUUAAAGGCUUUAUUAAGGCCAGCUGGGACAGCUCAGGAGGACUACGAUCCUAUCCCGGAGGUAUACAAGCCGUUGAUUCAGAGGUUCUGGCCCGGUCCACUCACUAUCAUUCUUCCCAACCCAAGGAGCUCGGCCCUUUCUCCAGAGGUCACGGCAGGACUCAGCACGUUUGGCGCCCGCAUGCCGCGGAGCAUACUUGCCCUAGCGUUAAUCCAACUGGCUGGUGUCCCUCUCGCGGCUCCUUCAGCAAACGCAUCUACUCGGCCCUCUCCCACUGCGGCCGAACAUGUCAAGGACGAUUUAGGCGGGCGAAUCCACACAAUUAUCGAUGGUGGCCCCUGUGAGGUAGGUGUUGAAAGCACAGUGGUAGAUGGGCUCUCUUACCCACCAACCAUUCUGCGUCCUGGUGGCAUCACCGUGGAGCAGUUACGGAAAUGUCCAGGGUGGGAAGAUGUACUUGUAGGAUAUAAUGAUUCUCCCGAAAAGGGGCUUCGGCCGAAGGCUCCUGGGAUGAAGUAUCGCCAUUACUCCCCAAACGCCACCGUUUUCUUGUACGAGGCAGGUGCAAGAGUUCCCGAGCCCGAGAGCGUAUUGAAACUGGCGAAAACUCACGGAUCGAUUGGAAUCAUUAGAACUAAGAGGUGGCCAAUUGCCUUGAGUCUACCAAUUAUUCGGAGAACACACGAGGCCUGCCAACAGCCGAAUAUGGAUUCGUACCCUAUCCCGGUUCAUAAUGGCCAAACGGAACAUUUAAAAACUUCCAAUAUCUUACGUUCAGUAAUUCAACACCAAGCCCCUUACGCAGAACACUUGAAAGUAAACGACGACUUAUCUCGCCCCGUGGAUGUAUAUGACGUUGGCCUAGGCGCGGAUGUCAACGCAGUAGCACAUGGACUAUUCUCCGCUCUUCGAGAGCUCGAUAAAAAGGGUGUUGGUGUGAUAUUCGUGGAAGGUAUCGAUGACAAGGUUGGAGACGACAUAGCGGCAGCCGUUAUGAAUCGGCUUCGGAAAGCCGCAGAAAUUAGAGCAUGAGAGAUGUGAAUAUUUCCAACUGUUCGCUUCUCGUGUGCUGUUCCCAGCGCACUUCACUUUGCUGUACGCGAAUCAUGAGUGACUACCUCAAUCUCGACCCUCAUACCAUCCAGGCCUAGCUUUGUAGCCCCUACAGUAGCCCAAAUCGGCCAGUGCCGCUGUACCCAUUUCUCGAAAUUUCUCGCCAUUGUUCCCAGAGCCUCAUCGUUUAGCGGUAAAUGGUACGAAUUGAGGGUCAAGGCUUGCAACCACCCUCUUCCGCACAAGUCUACAUUUGCAAAUGCUUGGUCGAUCUGGGCGUUGAUCUUGAUGUAGAUGUGCUCCGUGAGGUAAUACCACCCCCUGGUUCUUCUGUAAAUCGAAGAUUAGGAGAUGUGGGGAGUAAUUCUUUUGUCCUCCACGUUUAAUACAAUCACCAAUAUGAGCAGCUUGGCUGUACCUGUAUUUUUCAC